UAUUGGUAUGUGUCUCCACACCCUGUUCCCUUUUUUAAAAAUACUCCAAGUUUCAAAUAAUCUUUCUCUUUCUUCUUUCUCUUUCUCUUUCUCUCUCACCAUAGCACAACAUCCAGAAUCACUCGCAAUAAACACACAAAAAACACUCGAGUGUGUAAUCUGAUCUCUGUUCUUUUACAUUCAUGUUUUCUUGCAGUUUACUUGAGUUUCUGUUUGUUCUUCUUCACUGAAAUCUUGAAAAAAGGGGAUCUGGGUGUUGUGCUAAAAUACCUUACUUUCCAUCUGGGUUUCCAAAGAUUUUGGGGAAAAACCCAAAAGACUUAAAGAUCCAACGAAAUCCCUCAUUAGGGUUCAUUUCCAUAAAUUCUUGAUUUAUAAAGCUUCAAUCUUUUCCCACGAAAUUGAUGGUUAAGUCAUCAGGUUAUAAAAUGAUAGGAACCAACGGUUUGUUCUUCCCGAUACUUGGAUUUGCGUCGAUUAUUGCUUUUAUUUUUCUGUCUUUCGGGGAUUUAUUGUCUGUAAAAUACAAAAACGAGAUCAGUUUGAGUUUUGUGGAGAGAAAUGGGACUAAUUUCGUUGUCGAUGAUCAAUUGUUUUACAUCAAUGGAUGGAAUUCGUAUUGGUUUAUGGACCAUGCUGUACACGAUCAUAGCCGCGCAAGAAUCAGAACAAUGCUUCAAGCCGCUGCUAAAAUGGGUUUGACUGUUUGUCGAACUUGGGCUUUUAAUGAUGGCGAUUAUAAUGCUCUUCAGAUUUCCCCUGGACAAUUUGAUGAAAGGGUAUUUCAGGCAUUGGAUUAUGUCAUUGCUGAAGCCCGAGAAGUUGGAAUAAGACUUCUAUUGAGUUUAGUCAAUAACUUGGAUGCUUAUGGUGGAAAGACUCAAUAUGUGAAAUGGGCAUGGGGUGAAGGUGUUGGCUUAAGCCCUUCUAAUGACUCAUUCUUCUAUGAUCCAUCCAUUCGCAUUUAUUUCAAAAAUUAUGUCAAGACUAUUUUAACAAGAAAGAACACAAUCACGGGAAUUGAAUAUAGAGACGAUCCGGUCAUCUUUGGCUGGGAAUUGAUCAAUGAACCCCGAUGCAUCACUGACCGCUCUGGUGACACGUUGCAAGAUUGGAUAGAAGAAAUGUCGACCUUCAUAAAAUCAAUCGACAAUAAACAUUUAUUAACAGUUGGUUUGGAAGGGUUUUAUGGUCCUAAGAGUCCGAAGAGAAAAAGAGAAAAUCCUGAAUUUUGGGCUGCUGAUAUGGGAGUUGAUUUUGUACGCAAUUCUGCACCCUCAACAAUCGAUUUUGCCUCUGUUCAUAUUUACCCUGAUCAAUGGUUUAAAAACAAAAGUCUAGAAGGAAAACUAAAAUUUGUAGCGGAUUGGAUGCACUCUCACAUCGAAGAUGGGGACAAAAUACUCAAAAAACCCGUAAUGUUUACAGAAUUCGGAUUAUCGGAUUUAAACAAAGGAUUUGACCCUUCACAAAGAGACGAAUUUUAUAAAAUUGUGUUUGAUGUUAUUUAUGAAUCCGCAAAGAAAAAAGGGGCGGGUGGAGGGUCGUUUGCAUGGCAAUUUUUGGUGGAAGGAAUGGAGGAUUUUAAUGAUGAUUUUGGAAUAGUUCCAUGGAAAAGAGCUUCAACUUAUCGGAUUAUAACCCGACAUACGUGUAGGUUAGCAAAGAUUCAUGGAGUUGGUAUGAUGAUAACACGAAAUAUGAAGAAUAUUUGUAAGGGUAAAUGGUGAAAGAAAGUUAAAACUUUGUGAUUUUGAUGGAAAUAAUUGAGUUUGGAGUUGUGAAGUUUGAGGGUUUAGUUUAAUAGGUAU